AUGUCUGUGGCUCUUAGACAUGUCGCCCUGUCCGGCAUGGUCACUGCAUUCUCCCUUGGGUUGAUCUGGCCUGUUUCCGCAACAGUAACUUUGUUUCCUCGCGACGAACGAACCUCAGCGCACGACUGGGAUCCGGUGCUCCAAGGGGCUAGCAAUGCACAGUGUGCCGACCUUGCCGUGAUAUUCGCCCGAGGAACGUUUGACAUAGACAACUUGGGAGUAUGGGUUGGCGGCCCAUUUGGCGCUGCCCUACUUGACAAGUCGUAUGGUAUCAAGACCGCGAUCCAAGGAGUCGAUGCUAGCGAUUACCCGGCGGAUCUAGCGGGAUACAUUGAAGAAGGGGGUUCGAAUAGUUGUGCCAAGAGUGUGGGAGAUAGUGUACAAAAAUACGUCUCUCAUUGUCCACAUUCCAAGGUGGCCAUCUGGGGAUGGAGCCAAGGUGCUCUAUGCGCUCAUAAGUCGCUGGGCAACCUGGGCAAGGCAGCAGACAAUGUCAUCGCACUGGGAGUAUUUGGCGACCCGAUUGGGGUCUGGCAGGAUAGCGUCCAGUAUCCUCAGAUACCAAAGGGAGUCACACUGCUUUCAUACUGCGAGAAGACGACACCAGACCCGCUGUGUACCAACCCUACGGUGGAUUUCCCCAAGGAUCCCCUCGGCUUCGUCAACAGGCUCAAGGCUGUGUGGAAAGAGGUAGAUAGUGCACACAUGAACGAAGCUCAGAAGAAGGCGCUCAAAGACAUGGCUGUUGAACUCCCGAAGCAGGCGAUGAAGCAGCUAGGCAAGCUUGGGAAAGACCUCGUUGAAGGUCAUAUAAGACGGUGGAUGUUAACGCCGGAACACUUUUGGUACGGGAUUGAUGGCAAGGUUGAGACGGCUGCUGAAGACCUUGUGCGUGUAUAUGAGGAGAGUAAGAAGUAGGGAUUAUUCCAACCACAUACACUACUACCCUGGGCACCUAGGUACUGUCAGAUACCUAUACUGACAUAAACUAAAGACAAUUAAUGAGAGGAUUGGGAUCAAUGAUUUACACUUCUGGCGUGGUAAAACCUGACAGGUACUAGGUACAUAGUACAGUAAGCAUCUCCUAUCGAUAACAAUAGUUAAUAACGGCACGUGUAUCU